GAGGAGUGGUCCGAGUCGCGGAGGAUCACCGAGGGCUGAGAAAGAGAGCGGAAGAGAGAAAGUGAGAGGAUGCACAAGCACACGAGCCAACUACGUGGUCCCAGCGGCCCCGGAAGCGGACACCAUGUUGCUAAUAGAGGUCCUGUCAGAAGAUGGAACAGCUUCCACGGCGGUGGAAGCGUCGGCGGAGGCGCGAGUAAUUUCAACGACACCGUCGGAAAUGGCAAUCUGCCCUCUGGUAUGAUCACCAAGGCUCCCCAGGAGCCAUUCAGGGCCGUGCCGAAGGCCGUGCAGGCCCUCAGGAGCGAAUCCGUCGAUAGGAGCCAUCGAGCACAGCCGCCACCGCCUCCGGCCUUCCCUCGAAGACGAUUCUCCGUGUGCUUCGGCAAGCGGACGGGUGGCAGCGCCAGGAGACCCAACGAAUGCUUCGUCCUCGAGUCCUCCGAGAUGAUCGUCAUCGACUACCCGGAAGUGCAUGGAGGAAGGAUGCAUCGACCACCGCACCCUCAUCCCAUUACCGACCAUCGACAGGUCAACUUGGUCUUCGAUGACACGUUUUCUCAAGGCCUGACAGGCAGGCCAGAGCUGUACCAAAAGUCCAAUAGAAGCAGCCAUUCGAGUGACACGAGUUCAGCAUACAGUGGUUCAGACACCAUGACAUCUGUACAAGGUUCAUUAGAUGCAGAUGCAGAUGAUGUUGAUCUUUCAGGGCUUGUUGAAUCUAUAGUGGAUAGCGAUGAAGAAGAAGAUCUUGCGGAAAGCAUGGACAGCUUGACUGUCCGUGAUCCAGUUAGAGAAUGUUUAGAGAAAGAUCCAAUGGAAAGGACAGAAGAUGAUAUAGAAACACUCUUAGAAUUCACACAACAACUAAAGGCCUUCACAAAUAUGACUUUGGCUGUAAGGAGAGCGCUGUGCGCUGUAAUGGUAUUUGCUGUGGUUGAACGUGCUGGUAUGAUAGUUUUAAAUGAUGGAGAAGAAUUAGAUAGUUGGAGUGUGCUUAUAAAUGGUGCUGUGGAAAUUGAGCAUAGCAAUGGAGAAAUUGAACAACUGCACCUUGGUGACAGUUUUGGAAUCUUGCCCACUAUGGAAAGACUUUUGCAUAGAGGUGUCAUGAGGACAAAAUGUGAUGACUGCCAAUUUGUAUGUGUCACGCAGGCAGAUUACUUUAGAAUUCAACAUCAAGGAGAAGAAAAUACGAGGCGGCAUGAAGAAAACGGGAGAGUAAUUCUAGUAACGGAAUUAAGGGGUGCUUUAGAUGGCGGAGCACGCAGGGGUCAUGUAGUUAUACGCGGAACUCCUGAACGUUUAAUGUUACAACUUAUUGAAGAAAACAGUAUUACCGAUCCCACUUAUAUAGAAGAUUUCUUAUUAACUCAUCGAACAUUUAUCGAUAGUCCCUUAUUAGUUGCAAGUCAAUUGUUAGAAUGGUUUGAUCAAGCACAAGUCAGAGACAGAGUUGCCCGUGUAGUACUUCUUUGGGUAAAUAAUCAUUUUACUGACUUUGAAACUGAUCCAGCUAUGAUGGAAUUUUUAGAAGCAUUCGAAGCUGGAUUAGAAAGGGAGAAAAUGCAAGGGCAACAAAGAUUAUUAAACAUUGCAUGUGCAGCAAAAGCCAGAACGCGGAAUGUAACAUUAGCAAGGCCCACGAGGGAUGAGGUCCUGCAUUUUAGUAUUUUGGGGGGAUAUGAAAGGGGUUUUGGCAUUUUUAUUUCAAAAGUAGAUAAAAAAUCAAAGGCUGAAGAUGUCGGUUUAAAACGUGGAGAUCAGAUUUUAGAAGUAAAUGGACAGAGUUUUGAGCACGUGAGUCAUGCCAGGGCUCUUGAAAUUUUAAGAGGAUCUACUCAUCUCAGUAUCACUGUUAAAUCGAACUUGCUUGCGUUUAAAGAAAUGCUUCAGAUGCCAGAUGAUUCGCCGAGGCCGCGGGGAAGGGCAAACAAACCCGAGAUUUCAAGAUUACAAACAGAUCCACGUGCAAGGUUGUCCACGCAUGUAGACCCGAUAAAUCCAGUAAAUCCAUUGAACCCUUUGGUGGGUGGUGUACCACUGUUAGUUCCCGAUUCUAAUGUUUCUCCUUGUAAAGAUGCUAAAAAGGAGCAUAAAGGAUUUAUGACGCUUGGACCGAAGAAGAGAUUACAAAAAGCUCUCAUGAAAAUGAAUAUACUGCCAAAGAAUACUAUUAAUGAUGGUGUGCAUGUAGACGAUCCUCUCGCACCUCCUCAUACACCACCGGGAACAGGAGGACUUUCACAGACUACUAAUCUUUAUCACUCAAAAAGUAAUCCCGACCUCACAUCGUUGUAUUGUUACGACGAUUUAAGGGCACCUGAUUAUCCAGAACACGUUUUGAAAGUUUACAAAGCCGAUCAAACUUGUAAAUACCUUCUUAUUCACAAAGAAACAACGGCGCACGAGGUGGUAAUGCUGGCUCUUCAAGAAUUUGGUAUAACUGAAGGCAGUUCAAAUUUCUCCUUAGCUGAAGUUAGCGUUGGAGAGGGGGGUAUGAUUAAACAACGCAGGUUACCUGAUCAGUUGCAAAAUCUCGCGGAAAGAAUUGGCUUAAGUUCUCGAUAUUAUUUAAAAACUAAUGGCAUCUCAGAGACGUUCGUAGCGGAUGAACAAGCGCCAGAACUCAUACGCGAAUCUCAGGUUCAUUUCUUACAACUAAAUGCUGUUGAAGUUGCGAUUCAAUUGACUCUGCAAGAUUUCAGUAUAUUCAGGCAAAUUGAAUCUACGGAAUAUGUCGAUGAUUUAUUCGAAUUAAAAAGUAGAUAUGGAGUGCCUAUGCUCAGGCAGUUCGCAGAACUAGUCAACAGAGAAAUGUUUUGGGUUGUGACAGAAGUUUGUUCUGAACACAAUUUAGUUCGACGUAGUAAAAUAAUAAAGCAAUUUAUAAAAAUAGCCCGGCAAUGUAAGGAAUGCAAAAAUUUCAAUUCCAUGUUUGCAAUCGUGUCUGGUUUGGGUCAUGGAGCUGUGUCCAGGUUAAGAGCGUCUUGGGAAAAACUACCAAGUAAAUAUCAAAGGCUCUUUAGUGAUUUACAAGAAUUAAUGGACCCUAGUCGUAACAUGAGCAAAUACCGACAAUUGGUAGCAUCUGAACAAACGCAACCACCUAUAAUUCCAUUUUAUCCAGUAGUGAAGAAAGAUUUGACGUUCAUACACCUCGGCAACGAUUCCAGAGUGGAAGGUUUAGUGAAUUUCGAAAAACUGAGAAUGAUCGCAAAAGAAGUGAGAACGUUAACAAACAUGUGUUCUUCGCCCUACGAUUUAUCGGUAAUGCUAGAAAGAGGUGGUCAACCGCCUAGUUCUGCCAUGGUUGCGUUAAAUCAAAUGACAACUGGCAAUCAAGUGUUGCAAUGCCCAGGAGGACAGACGGCAACGGUGAAAAGACGAAAAAAGUCUACCGCUGCACCAAACCCGAAAAAAAUGUUCGAAGAGGCGCAGAUGGUUCGAAGAGUGAAAGCAUACCUUGCCAACAUGAAAGUGAUAACUGACGAGGAGCGAUUACACGCUUUGUCUGUGGAAUGUGAACCUCAUGCAGGAGCUGCUGCAGUAGCCGCAGCGGUACCUCUUAGUGCGAGUAGAGGAAGAAGGCAUCCUUCUCCCACUCUGUCGACUACAAGCAGUGCCAGCAGUACCAGUGAAGGUAGAAAGAGUAUACAAGGUACAAAGUUCGGAGCAGCAUCGCCACAAGCAGUACGGAAAAUGUUGGCGCUUUCCGAUCCUCAUAAAACUCGUCCGUACCAACCUAAACACUGUCCACCACCGCUUCCAGUGCCGGGAUUGGCGUUGCAUUCCAGUGGACUGGAGCCUAGUCCCGGUGCACCUAGGAGAGUAGGAUCUGGUAGCCGAGUUCCUAUGCAUGAGAGAUCCCAUAGCGAUACUCCUUCCAGUUUACCGCCACCUGUCGAUCUCAGCGCUGAAAGUAGUAGCGUAACCAGCCUGAGCAAUCUUCAGCCGUUAAGAAAAACGUUGACCAGUGGUUCGGUGACGAGCAGUGACAGUGGUCACAGUACACAGCUGGACAGCCACAGCGGAAGCAGCGUAGAAGCUGGUGGUAGUCCACCGCCACCUCAAAGACGGCACUCCGCUAUGCAAGGUACUACGGGAUUAGGAGUAGGCGUGGGCCUCGGAGUACCGGCGGCUCUUCCUCCCCCAGGAGCUGGAACGACGAUUAUGACGACGAUGACGACGAUGACUACCAUGACGUCGAUGACGACGAUGCGCCCCGGAGUCGGUACCGCGCAGUGUCGUCAGCCACCCGCGUACAAAGUUGCAGCGCAGAUGGCAAGGUUGCACAGGCUUGGCCGUGCCCACAGCCACGAGGGUGUUACCUACAGGAACGACCAUGAAGAUGACGACGAAGACGCCCAAGUGUCGGCGGUUUAAAAUGGCCCAUGACGCGUGCGAGAAGUUCCUGGCCACCCUAAUGCUUCAGUUCCUCGGCAGAUUGUCUUUUCCCGCGACCAGGAGGAACAGCUUCGUCGUCAAUCUACGUGCCACGUGUUAGAACGAUUCCGAUAGGAAUGGAAUCAAAACGAUUCGUGUGCCCCCCUUUCAGUGUCUCAGAGAGGAGGCUGUCGGAAGAUUUUGCACGAAGAACAACGGGGUGCAUGGACGAGAUAAAAGUAAUCGACACACACGCACACAGUGCUUUCGAUGCUGAGGUUUCGAGAGCCCGAUCGUCAGACCGAUUGGAGGAACUCCUUUGGAGAAGAUCGCGCUUUGACGAAGAGGGAGGAGCGCUAGUCUUCCAGCAUUAAUAAGGAAAGGGAAGAGAAAGAAAGGACGAAAGAGAGGAGAGAUGUGCAGAAUCUCAAGAGCUACGCCCGUCAGGAUACUACGAAAGCACCAACAUUCAGAGAAACGAGAGAGAAGAAAAGUAUAGGCAAGGAUGCAGAGGAGUGAGGUAUCAGAGGAAGAGCAUAGACAAGAAAAGACAAAACGUAGAACGACAUAGAAUACGUUUGUAUCAGACUGAUGAGCAAGUUGUCCGAUACAAAGGUGCCACGUCGAGUUUCACGUAGCGGCUACUCAGAGAGAGAAAGAGAGACUAGGCGCGAGAAGUUACGGUCAUAAGUAAUAAUUCUCUAUAAAUGUGUAAUAAAUCGAGUCCAAAGAUGUUAUAUAUACCGCGUAAUCGUCGCAGGGAGUACGAAUGACGGCGUGUCCUGUAUUAUAUUACUUUUUAGGCUAACCCCCGAACGCCCAGAGUAGCUUAAGUAUACGUUUUUUGGUGUACAUAGCGUGUAGCGUUUAACGUAGUCUGUAAUUGAGCAAGAAUGACGUAUGCUUGUGUACGUGUGUUUGCGAUACGUGUGCGUGCCUGUGGGGACGAGAGAGAUAGGGAAUUCUGUCUGCAAAGCGAACCAAACUGGAUACACAUGCAGAUCCAACGUUCAUUAUUCUUUUCUUUUUACCGACUUUUUCUUCUUCGAUAACAUUGGUCUCUCCGUGGA